AUAACUAUCUGUAUCUGAAAUUUUUAGACGUGGAGAGUUAAGGCCAGAGAAGUGUGCAUUGUGUUUGUUGAAUAUAUGCAAGAUACCAUAGGCGAGCAAUGUCCAAUAAGAAAUCGUCUCUCAUAACUAUUUAGGAUAUCCCCGCAAGUCUGUUCGUCGGCUUCUGCAGCAUGUCACACACAUUACGGAAUAUGGUUGAUGAAUGAACUCGGAUUUGAUUUUCUGUGCGUCUCCACGGAAUGUUUUACUAUGUCGUUUUAUCAUGAUGUUUUGUUAAGAUUGUUGCACGCUAUUCUUGCUGUGACUUUUUUCAUCCAAUCGUGCAUAUGGACAGCUAAGAAACCACUGCAGUUUCAGUACAGAAAACGAACUCGAGACAGGUUGCAAUCCGACGCUCGGUCGUUGAACAAACUUCCUUUGCACAUUGGGUUGUUAGUUCUAGAAGAUGAUAUUUCUUAUACUGAUGUUGCAAAUAUUGUCGUGUGGUGCAUGACAGUUGGAAUAUCGUACAUUUCUUUAUAUGAUACGCAAGGUGACUUUAAAAGAAACUGUACAAAAAUAAAUAAUGAAAUUUUGAAGAAACAAGAAGAAGUUUUGGGUAAUGAAUCCACAAAAUGUUUGUUCCACCUUUAUAGAGGUGGGAUAGAAGUUCAUAAUAAAGUUAAUGAUUGUAGAAUUCAUGUGAACCUUUUAUCUUUGGAAGAUGGACGUCAGGAUAUUGUUCGAGCUGCAAAAUAUUUCUGUCAACAAGUAGCUUGUAAAAGAAGAAAAGUAAAUGAUUUGAAUCCAACAGUGCUAGAGAAUGAUCUGCAGGGCAAUGAUAUAUUUCCAGAUCCUGAUUUAAUUAUAAAGUUUGGCGAUGUUGAUAGCUUAUUGGGCUUCCUACCAUAUCAAAUUAGACUGAGUGAAAUACUAUGUUCAUCAUCACACCACAAUAUGGAUUAUAAGGUUUUCAUUUCAUUGCUGUAUAGAUAUGCUGGAUGUGCACAGAGAUAUGGUAAAUGAGCUGUCGUCGCUGGUUGAUGAUAGAUGAAUAUCCUGCAAUAUGGUGACAAGGCUUAGUUUCCUUAGUUUGCAGAUGUUUUGUAUAUUUUGUUUGUUACCGAGGGGCUUCUCACUUUGUACCAUCUGCUGUUUAUUGUUUACACAUUUUAAACAACUUUGAGAAAAUAUCUGGUGGCACAUGUGUUCAAUUAUGAGAUGUACUUUAUGGUUUGUUUUAGUUCAUAUUUUGUAGCAUUGUCAUGGUAACCCUGAACUGAUGUGUAAUUUGUAAGACUGCUCAUCCCAGAUAUUUGCAGAAAAAUUGCAGUUCAAAAUGAAUUAAAACAAGAUGGUGAAAUCACAA